AUGAUAAAUAAUCAUAACUUGGGUAACUAAGAUUUAAACAGCCCAAAAGAAUUUGAUUUUGGAUUUUAGGGUAAGUUUUAAACUCAGUCAAUAUAUGGCACAUAAUAGACAUUAAAUAGACAGGCAACACAACCUAAAAAGACAUAAUUUGCGUAAGAAAAUUAAUAUUAAAAUGAAAACAUACCUCCGGAAGAUUAUAAUACAGAUCAACAAUUAAAACUCAUCCCUAAUUCACCACUGUUAACAUCUCCAAGACCUUUUUAGGAAUUACAUUAAAAUUUAAUUUAUUAAAAUAAAUAAUAAAAUGGUCAAAUGUAAACCAACAUUGGCGACUUAAAUUACUAAAAUUAUGGCUAAACAAGAAAUGGGAAUAUUUAUGAAGCAAAAAGUUAAGAAAAUAAUGAUAAGACUUACUAAAAUUAGAGACUAUUUUCUUAUGAAUGUAUUGAUAAUGAUAUGUUUUAAUCACAAAACAGAAUAUUAACUCCUCACAAUUUCAGUUAAGAUAAUAAUAGAUUUUAGUAAUAUUUUGGUCGAAUGGAUCAAAGCAAUAACUAAAAGGAUCUUAGCAAUAAGAAUAGUCAGAAAUAAAUGAAUACAAACCAUAUUCAAAACAAGGAUAUUAAUUUAUAAGAAUAAGAAAAUCCAGAGCUUUUUUCAUACAGAAACGAUAUUAAUUAGGAAGAAUAAAAAAUUCUUAAUGCUAGACUUACAAAUAGUAUGAUCCAAUAAAAUGAAAUUUAAGUAUCUGCUUCAUAAUAAAUGAACAAUUAAAAAAAUGAAAAUGAAAAAGCGAAUAUUGAAAGGUCAUAAUCCUCUUUGAACAGAAAGAAAAUAAAUAAUUACGAAAAUUAAUACUACAAUAUUAUUAUGACAAAAUAUAAUAUUUGUAUUUCUGUACUGGUAGUAUUCCUUAAUACAUUUACAUUUGGGAUGUUUUGGGCUCUAUUCUACUUUGAAUUUUAGUCAGCAUAAUAUCUUACUGGUAUUCAGCAAAGCAAUAAUUUCUUUUUCAUAGUAAGUAGUAUGGGGCAUACAGACUAUUAAGACUUUUUUAUUUACUACAGGUAAAUAAUUGACACUGUAGAAUACUUUAUUCUCUUAAUUGCGUUGUUUUCCAACCCUAGAAAGUGCUUAGAAAUAUUCAAAUUAUUUUUUUUCUAUGCAAACUUUGUAAUAACUGUUUUCUGCUUUGCUAGAAUGGAGAAGUUACUCUACUAUAGUGAUUCUUUGCAAUUAAAAUCUGCUAUAGAAAAAUAUAAUUAAUGCUAAAUGUCUAACGAAGGAGCUUUUAAAGAUUCAUUUUCAAAUUAUUAUUUCAUUUUGAAAAUUUAUAUUUAUGCUAUACCAGUAUCAGUAGUUUUAUAAUUAAUUUGCUUUGUAUAUUAUCAACCAAAUUAAGAAAAUUUACUGAACUAAUAACUAUAAUAAAUUAUAAAAUAACAAAAUAGUAAAUAACCAAAAAAUUAAUCACAAAACAACUUGAAUUAAAAUAACAUUUAACAAAAUAAAGAUGUUUAAAAUUAAGAGAAAGCUCAAAAUUAAGAAUCUGUAAAUGUUUAAAAUUAGCCUUUUAUACUUCCUAGUAUGUUAAAUAGCACAGUAUAAGUUAGAGAUGGUAAUGUUUAACUAAAUAUAUCUCCUACUUACAAGGAAAAAGCUCCUACAUAACAAAAUCAAGUCCUAGAGUGA